UAGUGGUGACUUUACAACUGAUCUUAAGGGCAAACAUUUAGUCUUUGAUUAUUAAGUGUGAUGUUAGUGUGGGUUUUCUGUAGAUGCCCCUUUAUCAGGCUGAGAGAGUUCCCCUCUACUCUUAUUUGUUGAGGGUUUUUAUCAUGAAAGGGCGUUGGAUUCUGUCAAAUGCUUUUUAUCAUCUACAGGCGUACCUCAGAGAUACUGUGGCUUUGGUUCCAGACCAUUGCAAUAAAGCAAAUAUCGCAAUACAGUGAGUCAAGAAAAUAGAAUGAGGUUUGAAUAGAAAUAAUGGUCCAUAAGAGUCCACCUGCUCCCUCCUAUUAUUAUUAUUAUUUAAUUCUCUCUUCUGGAACUUUCUGCCUCAAGAGGAGAAGUGGCUGCAGCGGGUCUCACUCCAGAGGAGUUGUGCAUUCAGCUUAGCCAAUUACCACCUUGAGGACAUCUAUUUUUGUGUGUCCACCAUUCUUUCCUUUGGAGGAACUUCCAUCCACCCCAUGUGAUGCUUGCAGGGCUGCCAGUCACAGGACUCUACCUCCCUGACCACAGACAGUGAAGACUGCUGACGGACGCUCGCAAUCCAGCCACAUAAACGUUAGGAAGGAAUACUGGUCCUCAUGGAAGAAGAGCAAGACUUACCAGAACAACCAGUGAAAAAAGCCAAGAUGCAGGAAUCAGGAGAGCAAACUUUAAGUCAAGUGAGCAGCCCUGAAGUCAGUGAUCAGAAACCUGAAACUUCAAGCCUUGCUUCAAACCUGACCAUGUCAGAGGAAAUUAUGACAUGCACCGAUUACAUCCCUCGCUCAUCCAAUGAUUAUACCUCACAAAUGUAUUCUGCAAAACCUUAUGCACAUAUCCUCUCAGUUCCUGUGUCGGAAACUGCUUACCCUGGGCAGACUCCGUACCAGACACUACAGCAGUCUCAACCCUAUGCUGUCUACCCUCAGGCAACCCAAACAUAUGGACUACCUCCUUUCGGUGCAUUGUGGCCAGGUAUGAAACCUGAAAGUGGUUUAAUUCAGACUCCAUCUCCAAGUCAACACAGUGUUCUUACCUGCACUACAGGGUUAACCACAAGCCAGCCAAGCCCAGCACAUUAUUCUUAUCCCAUUCAAGCUUCAAGCACAAAUGCCAGCCUGAUACCCACUUCAUCUACAAUUGCCAAUAUUCCAGCAGCAGCAGUUUCCAGCAUCUCAAACCAGGACUAUCCCACCUACACUAUCCUUGGUCAGAGUCAGUACCAGACCUGCUACCCCAGCUCCAGCUUUGGAGGCACAGGCCAGACUAACAGUGAUACUGAGAGUACCACAUUAGCAGCAGCCACAUACCAGACCGAGAAGCCUAGUGUCAUGGUACCUGCAUCUACGGCACAGAGACUUUCUUCGGGAGACCCUUCUUCAAGUCCAUCUUUGUCCCAAACUACACCAAAUAAAGAUGCUGAUGACCAGUCCAGAAAAAACAUGACUGGCAAGAACCGAGGCAAAAGGAAAGCUGAUGCCAGCUCUUCCCAGGACAGUGAAUUGGAACGGGUAUUUCUGUGGGACUUGGAUGAAACCAUCAUCAUCUUUCACUCUCUUCUUACUGGAUCCUAUGCUCAAAAAUAUGGAAAGGAUCCAACAGUAGUGAUUGGCUCAGGUUUAACAAUGGAAGAGAUGAUUUUUGAAGUGGCUGAUACACAUCUAUUUUUCAAUGACUUAGAGGAGUGUGACCAGGUGCACGUGGAAGAUGUGGCUUCUGAUGACAAUGGCCAGGACUUGAGCAACUACAGUUUCUCAACAGAUGGUUUCAGUGGGUCAGGAGGCGGUGGCAGCCAUGGUUCCUCUGUGGGUGUCCAGGGAGGUGUGGACUGGAUGAGAAAGCUGGCUUUCCGCUACCGAAAAGUGAGAGAAAUCUAUGAUAAGCAUAAAAGCAACGUGGGUGGCCUACUCAGUCCCCAGAGAAAGGAAGCACUGCAGAGACUAAGAGCAGAAAUUGAAGUUUUAACAGAUUCCUGGUUAGGAACUGCAUUAAAGUCCUUACUUCUCAUCCAGUCCAGAAAGAAUUGUGUGAAUGUUCUGAUCACUACAACUCAGCUGGUUCCAGCUCUGGCCAAGGUUCUCCUUUACGGGCUAGGAGAAAUAUUUCCUAUUGAAAACAUCUAUAGUGCUACCAAAAUUGGUAAGGAGAGCUGCUUUGAGAGAAUUGUGUCUAGGUUUGGAAAGAAAGUCACAUAUGUAGUGAUUGGAGAUGGACGAGAUGAAGAAAUUGCAGCCAAACAGCACAACAUGCCUUUCUGGAGAAUCACCAACCAUGGAGACCUAGUGUCCCUCCACCAGGCUUUGGAACUUGAUUUUCUCUGAGAACUGGAAUGAAGACCCUUCCCCGUGAGCUCCUUUUCACUCCUGAAGGGAGCUAGAGACCGGAACCAUCUGGGAACUCUCUCUCUCUCUGUCUCUGUCUCCGUUUCUGUCUCUGUCUCUGUGUGUGUCUCUCUCUCUCUUUCUCCAUGGAAUGCUGGCGAGAACACAAUCAGAACCAACAGCUGCAAGGGACGAAGCUUAUUUUUGCUAAGAGUGAGCUGCAGCCCUGUGUUCAUCCUCGUACAGAGGCAGGAGACAGUUGGAUUGAGAGAACAAUAGACUCACCGCAGCUACAGUGCUUUUAAUUCUUCUGUUUUUUAUUUCAUUUUAUUUUGUUUCAAAAAAAGAAAAGAAAAGGAAGUUCUUGGGGCAGAGUUGCACUCUUAGUUUGUGCCCAGUUUGAGAACUGCUCUGAACUUGAGGGAACAGGAUAAAUGUGGCAGACUUUUGUGAUACCAUCUCUUGCAGUCUUUGUAAUCUCCUUAGCUCUAGAACAUAUUCCCAGGGAAUGUAUAUGUUAUUUUUAUAGUUAAGGGUCUGGUCUCUGAAGCAGGUUUUCCCUCCUUUCUUUUUCUAGCAAGAAAGGGGUGUGUAAAGUUUCCUUGGAAAAUAGCAGUUGAAAUAUCUAAAAUACCUCUCUGUGACAGUAGCACCUCUAGCUGCCCCAGCGGUCUGCUCUCUAGGGUGGUUUCCUUCCCGUUCUUCCAUCUCCUAGUUGGCUGAACUGUGGGGCACUGGACACUGAUAACUUUAGACUUUGGUAUUUCCCAUCCUAGAAGCCUUAGUCCCCUUUCCAAUCCCUGCCCCCCUUCAACCAAAUGGCACAGCCCUAGAAACUCCCUCUCUUAAGAGGUAAAUUCUAAGCCUUCAGCUAGACUUUUAUUCAAAGACUGUGUCCCAGAGGGCUUACCUCCCAACUGGAGGGAAAGGACUAAGGCUUCUUAGGAAUUUCUGCUUCUUUGGCUCUUGAGACAAGAAGAGUCCACCUUUUCCUCCUGCCGAGAAGCACCCGUCCCCAGCAGAUGCUCACCCUGCAGCCUUCUCUGCCUUCUUAGUCAUCAGUACUAAACUCUUGCCCCUUUCCUGCCCUCUGUACCUCACAUCUGCCUCCAUGCAGCUCUGGCCAGUCCCUCGGCUUUGGACCCAAGAAGUUAAAUCAAGUCUGAGAACAGACUCAUAACUACAUUUGACUUCCUUUGAAGCCCUUAAGCCAAGAAAGGUAUUUUGGGCAUAUAUUUACCCAAAUCUCUUCCUGAAACUGAAGAACAGAUUGCUAUGAUCAAAACCCACUUUUCCCAUGGAACACCCUUCCUGCUUCUCAAAUCCCAUUCUAAAAUGGGAAACCAGAAGGCCAGAAAGACUUUCCUGAUUUAAAUAAGGGUGCUGGGACCCCACUCCAUGCCUGAAAAUUGAAUCCUGGGCUAAAUGCAGGAACGUCUCUCACCCUGACCUCUAGGAAGAUUGGUGGGCGCCAGGCAACUAAUCCCAGCCUUACAGUCCAGCUGUGUUGUGGAUGCUCCAUCCCUCAAGACAAACGUGGGCAUCUGCUCAGGCAGGGUUAACUUACUAGAGCUGAGGAAGUUGAGCCUCUCCCCGGCUGCCUGGAGAGGUGAUCAUAUAAGCACCUCAGGUGUGCAGUCUGGGUCCUCAGUAGGAGGCAUCCCUUGACCAACCCCAGCUGUAAUUGCUUGCCCUCAGAGAUUCUGGGUAUCCAUUUCCAGAAAUGUUGCGGCACAAAGGGGCCAGGCUCCUUCCAACGCCAGACCACCCGAAUGGCAGCAGAGAAAAACUGAUAGACACGUUCCUUCCGAAUUGACUGAGAAAAUGCUCUAUUACUCAUAAUUUUAGGGAAGCAGUUUUUGGGAAGGAGCUGAAGUCAGUGCUCAUUACUUAGCUGCCUCUCUGACCUUGCCGCCUCUGGCAGGUGGGGAAGAGAUGGGGCAGGUAGUCGGAGGCCAACCUUCCAUGGUCUGAGUUCGGCAUAGUUGUCCACAUGCUGCUUUGCCUUGCUUGAUAAUUGAUCUUAGAAAGCUCUAUGACGGGCCUUUCUUCCAGGCCCCAAGCUCUCCCCAUACUGGCGGUAUAACUGUUGGUUCCCUGCACUGGACAUAGGCCACCUGGUUGGUGCUGUACUUCAGGCCUGUGAGGCUGUGGAGUGGUACCCCCGUCACGCACACAGGGCCACACACAAACACUUCCCUCUCCCUGCCCUUUGGGAGAAGCUCUUUAUCCCUAUGAGUUGGACUCCUCUUUCGACGGCAUUUCCCUCACUCCCGCACCCCCGCCCUGACUGCCCAGCUUGGGUCUUUGCAAAAGGAACUUGAAAUUGGUGAAGAGAGGUGAGGAAACUAUACCGAGCAGAGCACUUCUGCUUUCUUCUGGUUGUUGCUGCCCUCAUUAUAGGACAGACAGAAAAUGAGAGCUCCUCAAUUCCUCUUUUCCAAAAUGAGUUAUCCAGGGAACACAGCGUUCUUCUUUCACCCUGUGCUCCAGCACAAAGAUCUAGAAAGGAAAAUAAGUGGGUAGCACCAAGAGCUCUUGGAAGCUGAGGACAAAAUGAUACCGUGGGUCAUUUCUUCAAGGGGAAGCCCUCUUUUACUAGCAAGUGUCCCCAUGAAAUUAGCCACAUGAUGAGUCUUUCCCCCAGCCAGGCACUGUGGGUUCUAGAAGAUGGGUCUGCACAUUUCAUGGUGAGGACUGUCUCUAGUGUGGGAUCUGGAGUUGUCAGAUGUGUCCUGGGUUUAAGAGGUGGCUUGACUUCCGAAUGUAAAACUGACUGUGCCUUAGCAUCACCCUGUCCAGUGCCCCUGGGGCAGCUGGUGGUGUCCAGGAGAAUAGAUGCCUGUUCCAGACUUCGAUGCCUGUUUGGGCUUUUAUUUAGUUUGGGAUGUUCCUGUCUUCUGCUCUGCAAGUUGAGGGACAAAGCUAGUGUCCCAGGAGACUUGUGCCACAGCUUGUUCGCAGUUUAUACAAACUCACUUUUCAAGCUCCAAGUAGAAUCUGAUUGGCAAACUCUAGCUGCAGCAUAUGGAGCAUCUAGAUGUUCACUACCUUGAAUGGGUGUCAGUGCCACUGAACCAAGGGGGACGGGGAGAGGGGCAGGGCCACAUUCUUCUCUUCCUGGGAGGACAAUGGUCUAAGCCAAGGAUGGUGAGCUGGGGCCUUCCUCUCCUCACUCCUGUAGAAGAGGGACAGUUAGGGCCCUUCUUUAAGCAGGUUUCUACUUCUUACCACUAAAUUGGCUUCCUUUUUCAUCCAAAACUUGGGAGUCCCCAGAUGUUCACACUUACAAAGAAGCCAAAUCUGAAUUCUGGGAUUCUAAAAUAUCUUUAACUAUGAGAGAAAAAUGUAGUUCUGUCCCAUCCCCAAUUUGCAGGCCCUCUGUCCCUUCCUCUCCUCUGACUUAGCUCCAGCAAGCAAGGCUCCACGGCUAGUCCCUAAUGCACUGACGGGAGCCAUCUCAUUUAGGACAACUUCUACUCAAAACAUGACCCUCUGGACUUCAGAUGCCUCAUUUAGCAGGAAAAGGCAUUGAGCGGAUUGGAUAUAUUUAUGUGACUGCGGGCAUUCGUGGCUGUGUAGAGUCCUUGACCAUAAUGUUAUAUGUAAUGGGAACUAUCUUAUAAACUUGAAAAAAUAAAGUUUUUAUUUUCUAUACAGUUUGCUCCUGUGUCUUUUCUGAGUAGGAUCAGCCCAGUUGCCCAGCUAAGUAGGCUCCUAAGUAGGGCUUCGUAAAAAAAUCUUUAGAGCUCAUUAGAAAGAUGGCACCCUUCAAUAACCCGGUCAUUAAUUUCAUCAAAAAUUAAGAACCAUUUGGUAUAAAUAAAUGUACAUGUGGAAAUAAAUAUUUUAAAAUAACUUGCAAGGGAAAGUUUAUUUCUUGUUUCUAAAAUCUAUUGCUUUUUAUUAAAGUUUAGGACUGGAAUGAUAAGAGGUCUCAUUUGCUGUCAAAUGUGCUGCAAUUUAAUUAUUAAAGAGAAAUCACUACCUUGCUGUGAUGAGCUUAAAAUGCAAAAGCAAUAAAACUGACAAACUGAUA